AGAACACUAAGGGGGAAAACCAAAGUGAGAAAUGAACAAACUGUAAACUAUUAGGGUGUUGCAACGAAUGUCUCCUCCCACUACAACGAAUCAGCAAAUAGCUGCUGAUAAAGAGAACAGGAAUUCAGUUUCAGGCCUGGACAUGAAAAAAAAACACACACAAAAUGCAUACAGCCUGAUGGUUCCGUGUUAACACUAUCGGAGUGUGGACAGUACAGUAGCCUGUCUGACCAUGUGAACCAGCAGUCUGGAUGGCCAGUUGAUCCUGCUAGUGGUUGAUGCUGCUAGUGGACAACUAGACUAUAGCAGGUCUACUGAAGAACCAGAGGACUGAGUUGGAAUAAUAACGUGGAGGAGAUAGGAGAAAGACAUGGCAAACCUACUAUCUGGGAUACUCUUCUGUCUGUUGGUAGGACUCUCUCUCCAGGACAAUGAGAAGAAACUCAAGACAAAAAGAACGGUCCCAGAUGUGUUGAAACCAAAGACGUUCAAAGGCAGGGAAUACCAGUCCAACUGUACAGCUGAGACAGGGCCCCCCAGCCUGGUCCCUCUGUCCCCUGGGCUGGAUGUGAGGCUGGAGGACCCUGCAGCAGCCUACACCACGGGGCUCCUCAGCACCAGGCUCAUCCCCUCAGCCUAUCUCCUGGCCAUGGCAGUGGGCAUCCCCUCUAACGCUUUCAUCCUGGCCUUCCUGAGGCUCCGGGCCAGGUCCUACUCCAUGGCUGUCCUCUACCUGAGCCUGGCCAUCUCAGACCUGCUCCUCCUGCUCUCCCUGGCCCUCCGCAUCCACUACCACCUCAACGGAAACAACUGGGUGUUCGGUGAGGUUGCCUGUCGCAUCGUCACCGCCUGUUUCUACUGCAACGUCUACUGCUCUGCCCACACCAUCGCGUGCAUCAGCCUCAAGCGCUACCUGGCCGUGGUGAGGCCCUUCCUCUACAGUCGGCUGCCCAAGAAGGCCUGGACGCUGGGGGCAAGCCUGGGCAUGUGGGGCCUGUUUGGAGCAGCUGUGGUACCAGAGCUCCUGGUGAGGCAGAGCUUCUUGCUGCCCCGUAUGGGCCUCAUCACCUGCCAUGACAUACUGCCCCUGGAGGAGGAUUCCCAUGCCCUGCUGGUGCCCUACAGGCUGACACUGGUCUGCUUAGGGUUCCUUGUGCCAUUUGUGACCUGUGCCUGGACCCAUGUGGCGGUGGUGUGGCACCUGGGUCGCUCAGGCCUCGACUGGACACCCUUCAUCAGGCUGUCUGGACCCAUUCCUGUGUGUGCUCAUGUCCAGGACAACCACCUCCAGACUACGCUUUGCUUCGCUCAGAAGGACACCUCAGAGACUUGCUGUUCCGGUGUAGAGACUCUCUGUGUGUGUGUGUGUGUGUGUGUGUGUGUGUGUGAGAGAAAGAAGGCCGAUUUAAAGCAAUGCUAUUAGAGUGAUAGACUGUUUUAAAACUCUGCAGCAGCUGAAAAAAAAUAAUAAUUUACAAUUAAAAAACAAGGUGACCCUCAAAAGCCAGAUGGAGUUGGGUAAAUUAGACACGCAUUCGGUCUUUAUAUUACUGUGGUAUAGGUUAUGCUGCAGCAAACGCAGGCCUACCUGUCACAAGAAAGAAAAAAAUAGUGACCAUAAUGAGAUGAUAGGUCUACAUGCAUUGUGUACUGCACUCCAUACUGAGAUGGGUCUGUCCCCACCCUAAGAGUUGAUUCAUCAUGUAGAGGUUGUAGUGAAGCCAGAUGUAGACAUUGCAUACAAUUUAACAGUUCCAUUUCAGACUAUGCUAUUCAUAUAAAUAUUUUAUUAUAA